GGAAAUAAUUCCUGCGUUGUCGAUGCUCCAGCCAAAAGUCAAUCAUUACUCUGGUGGGAUAUUUUCCUUCGGCACGUAGAGCUUUUUCUUGAUCAACAGGAUCAAUGAGAUGCACGGAGUACGUCCCCAAGAAAGCGAACUCCUUAAAAAUAGGGCCAUAUGUCCGAAACAAUUCGUCCAGCAUUUUGUAUCCUUUGGUAAAUCGCUCAGAUUUCCAGUAAAAUUCUACGAAAGAUUUGAAGUUUUUGGGGCGACCAGGGAUGUCUUGGAAGGGUUUACCUUGAGUUGCGGAUUCCUGAUCACCGCUGCGAUCAGAGACUGCCUCGGUUUUCUGAAAUCUCAAAAGUGAAUUGAAGGGUUUUAACACUUCAAUACAUGGGAGAAGAUUUCUGCGGAGAGCGAAUCUUGACAAAGAAUACAUAAUAAAACCCGGUUUUCACUAAUAGUGUCCGACAAGCAGUCUUAGCAGCAGAAAGGAGGAUAGAUUUGCAACUAUGUUUUUGACAUGAAAACAUUCGAAAUGCAGCUAUGGAGCCGCUCCAUCUAUUUAGAUGGCGUGGCUACCAAAGAAUUUGUUGUUUUUCAAGAUGGCGAGCUCUGAUGUUCUGUUGUUUCUUUUAUAUUUCGGUCAAGGAUUGCCUUAUGGCUUUCAAGUCAAACUUCUUCCAUUAUUUCUGAGGAAACAUAAGUUUUCAUUGUCAAAGGUAGGCCUUAGCCGCCUAUUAAGUUUACCAUGGAUUUUCAAAUUCACAAUAGCACCUUUGAUUGAUAAGUUAUGGUCUUUGAACUCUUGGAUUACUUUGGGCUCGUUAAUUAUGGCCGUAAUUUGCUUUGCAUCAGCCUGGGUGGGAGAACACAAUACUCUUUUGGUUCUGUUCUGGGUGUUGUGGAUGAACAUAACAUCUGCUGUACAGGAUGUUGCAGUGGAUGCCUAUGCAAUUUGCCUGCUAGAACCUGAAGAUCUUGGAAAGGCGAGCACACUACAAGUGGUUGGUUACAAACUGGGUGCAUUAUUUGGAGGAGGUAUUCUUUCUUGGCUCAGUGUAUACUACAGCUGGAAAUGGUUGUUCACCCUCUGGGGCUCUUUUUACAUAGUCAUGUUAAUCAUCUCAGUAAUAAACAUUAACAGUGAAACACGUUCAACAUAUGAAAUAGCAAAGGGAGUAUCAUUGAAAAACCAGGAAAUUAAAGGAAAUCAGUUACGUUCAUCUAUGUCAGUCUCCAAUGAUAAUACAAGUGGCAAGCUUAGUCCUUUAAAGAUCAUUAGAACUACUAUUAGGACUGUUGACUUCUCAUGGCUGAUGUUCUAUGUUGCAACAUACAAAUUAGGCGAACAAGGUGUUGUUAGCAUGCUGCCUUUGUAUCUGAUUGAUCAAAGAAUUCCCCAAGAACAAGUGGGGGUAAUAUUUGGAAUAUUUGGUCAACUGUUCUCAAUCAGUGGUUCAACCAUAGGAGGCUGGAUUGUUAGUCUGCAGUAUGGACACAGGUCAUGGGUGAUUAAAGUACUCCUAUGGACUUCGUAUGCAAGACUAGUACCACUUCUCUCACUUUGGUUGCUGUCCUUAACACAAUUCACAAAAUCUGCAAUUGCAAUCAUUGAAUGUUUCAUACAACUAAGUGGGGGAAUAAUCACAACUGCAACAUUCACACUCAUGAUGUUAAGUUCACAAAAUUCUUUACCUGGUGCUAAAGCAACACACUGUGCUGUUCUUGCCACAUCAGAAGUGUUGGGUAAAUUGCUGAUGAUUUCCUUAUCUGGGAUACUAGUAGAUAUUAUUGGUUACCAGUAUUUCUUUGGAUUGUGCUUUCUACUGGCAUUGUCAUUUCUUCCUGUUUUAAAACAUGGCCUGGUAUCUCAGAGGGAGAAAUCUUCCUAAAGAAAAUCAAAACCUUUCUGGUAAAUUUUGGUUCUUUACCUUCAAAGAUCACAGUCAAACAUUUCUUACCAAAAUAACAUUUAUCACAUAGAUUUUAAUAAUAUUAUGCAAGCUGGAGAAAGAUGUUUUUUGUCUUUUCACAAGCAAGGACAAAGAAAAAAUUCUGAGUCUCCAUGGGGAAUCGAACCUCAGACCUAUGAAUUCUGCUGCACUAUGAUGCUCCACCACACAGCCACAAAGACUCUAUGGUGAGCAAGGCUCAUUACGAAGUUCAUGUACAACAUGGGUCAUGUAAGCU